UAUUUUUUCUUUGAUAAGGAUUGUUUGAGUUUAUCUUUUCAUUAGUUAGUUACAAAUAUUUUCACAAAUAUUUUCACAUAUAUAUAGAUGUGUAUCAAAGCCAAGAAUCAUACCUGAACAAUAGAAGUGGAGACGUGCAGCAGCUUCUUUGGAAAAAGAAAGCUAUCUCCUGCACUAAAAUGGGAGAUCAAGAAGGAAAAAUUAAAAAUCAAUAUAUUUCUUGGCCGCCCGAAGAAACCAAAACAUUGUUGCGCUUGUUGGUUGAUGGAGUUAAUAAGAAUUGGACUGAUGCCAGCGGUAAAUUCAAUAAACUUACCGUGGAACAAAGAAUACUACCAGAGUUGAACAGAAUCUGUGGAUCUACAAAAACUUUUUCCCAAUACAAAAACAAAACAAAGAUUCUGAAGAAAAGACACAAGAGUUUUGUAGAUCUUCUUCGUUUUAGUUCAGGAUUUGGUUGGGACAAGGACACGAAGAGAUUUACUGCUCCAGAUGAAGUAUGGAAUGAUUACUUGCAGGGGCACAAGAAAGAUAAAUAUUUACGCACAGACACGUUUGAAGAUUUUGAAGACCUGGAGAAGAUCUAUGGAAAAAAUAUUGCAAAGGGAAAUAAUACAGUGGGGUUAGGUGAUACCACAGAUGCUCGUACUUCUAUGGCAGAAGAUAAUCAAUGGGAAUAUCAAGAGGCAUAUAUUCCUCAAAGGAUGGAUGAUGAUGAGAAUGAUGAUGCUGCUGGUGGUGAUGACGAUGAUGGUGUAGAACGGGCUCCAUCUUUGAGACGUUCGAUUGCGGUCGAAAAAAUCCCGAUAAGAAAGAGAGCUAGAACUGACGUAUAUAACGUGGAGAAGAUUUCAGAUGAAAUAAGUGCUGUCACUGGAACUACCAAUCAGAUUGUCCGUAUGAUUCAACAAAGAUGGCAAAAGGAAGCCGAAGAGAAAGAAGCUGAGGAAAACGUUAAUAACGUAUGGGAUGAAAUUAAAGAAAUUCCUGAUUUAGAAGAAAAUGAACGUUUUGAUGCAAUGAAUUUAGUUCACAAGCUUGGUAUGAAAUCUGGAUUCAUGAGUAUGACUAGGGAGGAACGUUUUAGAUGGAUUAAACGUUCUGUUCCUAAGCCAUGA